AUGAGUAAAUAAGAGGAAGACUCAAAAUUAUAAUUAAUUGAAUCAGCAUUUGAAUGCAACAUAUGUUUAGAGAUAGCCACAGAGCCAAUCUUAACAAAUUGUGGACAUCUAUUUUGCUGGCCUUGUAUAUAUAGUUGGCUUAAUUCAAAUCAAGAAUUUCUAACAUGCCCCGUUUGCAAGAAUGGUUGUUCUAAGAAUUCUUUAAUUCCUUUAUAUUCUAAAGAUGAAACUAAAACUAACAAACCUCGUGAUCCUAAUAUUCCGCCAAGACCUAAGCCAGGGAGAAACGAUCCCGUUCGAAACACCAAUUAACUUGGGCAAAAUAAUUUGGCGAAUGGAGCCAUGAUUGCUGGUUAUGGGUUAUUUCCAUCUCUUUUUAAUCUAAUUUGUAUUAAAGAUGGUGAUAUAGAAAAAGAUGAAAGACAUGAAAAUGAGGCAACUGUUGAAAUAGCGAAUGUGAGAAAACUAAAGGCCAUUUUGUAUUUAUUGAUUUUGUGUUUAAUCAUGAUGAUCGUGUUCUACUUUUGA